CGCGUCCCCGAGGCCACCAGGCCGGCCUCUUUUCCCCAUCCGUCCCGUCCGCUCGCGGUGCCAUGCCAUUCCUCGGGCAGGACUGGCGGUCCCCUGGGCAGAGCUGGGUGAAGACGGCCGACGGCUGGAAGCGCUUCCUGGAUGAGAAGAGCGGCAGCUUCGUGAGCGACCUCAGCAGUUACUGCAACAAGGAGGUAUACAAUAAGGAGAAUCUUUUCAACAGCCUGAACUAUGAUGUUGCAGCCAAGAAGAGAAAGAAGGACAUGCUGAAUAGCAAAACCAAAACUCAGUAUUUCCACCAAGAAAAAUGGAUCUAUGUUCACAAAGGAAGUACUAAAGAGCGCCAUGGAUAUUGCACUCUGGGGGAAGCUUUCAACAGACUGGACUUCUCAACUGCCAUUUUGGAUUCCAGAAGAUUUAACUACGUGGUCCGGCUGUUGGAGCUGAUAGCAAAGUCACAGCUCACAUCCCUGAGUGGCAUCGCCCAGAAGAACUUCAUGAAUAUUUUGGAAAAAGUGGUACUGAAAGUCCUUGAAGACCAGCAAAACAUUAGACUAAUAAGGGAACUACUCCAGACCCUCUACACGUCCUUAUGUACACUGGUCCAAAGAGUCGGCAAGUCCGUGCUGGUUGGCAACAUUAACAUGUGGGUGUAUCGGAUGGAGACGAUUCUCCACUGGCAGCAGCAGCUGAACAACAUUCAGAUCACCAGGCCUGCCUUCAAAGGCCUCACCUUCACGGACCUGCCUUUGUGCCUACAACUGAACAUCAUGCAGAGGCUGAGCGACGGGCGGGACCUGGUCAGCCUGGGCCAGGCGGCCCCCGACCUGCACGUGCUCAGCGAAGACCGGCUGCUGUGGAAGAAACUCUGCCAGUACCACUUCUCUGAGCGGCAGAUCCGCAAACGAUUAAUUCUGUCAGACAAAGGGCAGCUGGAUUGGAAGAAGAUGUAUUUCAAACUUGUCCGAUGUUACCCGAGGAAAGAGCAGUAUGGAGAUACCCUUCAGCUCUGCAAACACUGUCACAUCCUUUCCUGGAAGGGCACUGACCAUCCGUGCACUGCCAAUAACCCAGAGAGCUGCUCCGUUUCACUUUCACCCCAGGACUUUAUCAACUUGUUCAAGUUCUGAAUCCCAGCACAUGCCAACACUUCAGAAGGGUCCCCCUGCUGACUGGAGAGCUGGGAAUAUGGCAUUUGGACACUUCAUUUGUAAAUAGUGUACAUUUUAAACAUUGGCCUGGAACUUCAGAGAUAAGUCACGGAGAGGACUUGGAGGGGAGAAAUGCAGUUGCUGACUGGGAAUUUAAGAAUGUGAACUUCUCACUAGAAUUGGUAUGGAAAAGCAAAAUACUGUAAAUAAACUUUUUUUCUAACAAUU